AUGUCAGACCUAGGCUUCUCUCCAUCAGAGAUACGCUUUGCCACCGGAACCCUCGCGGCAAUUGCCACUCUUGCACCUCUCGCAUACUACCUCUACCCAUCGCAAGCGCAAGAUUCGACCGCACACAUUGAAACAUUCAACAGAUUCAUAGAAAGCUACUCGACUCUCCGCCCUCAAGCCCUGACGACCAACGCAACCCGAGACUUCACCCAUACAUCUCUCCCUGCAGACUUGCACCUACCCACACGCUCAAUCGAAUCUUUCCGCGAGCAUUCACAAACAGUUUUCGAGAUCUUCAGCGAUUUCCAGGUAGUCCCAGAAGAUGACGGACAUGGAGGCAAAGCAGUGCACUUUUCGAGAGAUACAGAUACCGUAGUAGCUCACUGCAAGAUGGGAGGCAAUGUAGAUGCAGACCAUGAACUCGGCGCAGAGUUGGCUGAGGGUGGAAUUACGGAAUGGUGGACGGAGUGUGUGCUGUUCGUAAAGUUGAGCAAAGACGGAAAGAGGGUUGAGAGUGUACGAGAGUUUAUGCACAGUAAGAAAGCGGAAGAGCUGCAGAUUCGUUUGCAUGGAGUUGUGAACGAGGAUCUUCGAUUCUGA